AUGUUCCAACAAACGGAAGUCGCAGCAGAAGCGCUGCCUCCAGAUGUUGAAACUGAGGGAGGCACUGCUCCUCCCAACGAUAUCCUCCGCAAAGCGUCGGAGCAUGCCAAUGUUGUAUAUGCGUUAACCAAGUCGAACCACGAAACGUUUGAAUGCCUGAAAGUAUUCUGCGAGAAAUACAACGAGAAACAGACCUUCAUUCACUCCCACUGGAAACACAAAGUUUACAAGCAUGUUGUCGAGCAGGCCGGGGUGUAUGUCGGUACAAUUGACACAAGCAUCAGGGUGGCCGAAAGAGGCAUGUCAAUUUCGAGGGGAGCAAAAGAAGCCCUCGACGACAAGACGGUUACUCCUGAGUUGCUUGUUGAGCCGAUGCUGGAGCAGACGGGAGAGGCGUUGGAAGAUAUCAAAGACAUCUCCAAUCGUUUUCGAAGUAUCCGCAUCGCCCUGUUUGAGGAGAUGCAGAGGAUCCAUCCCAGUGCACCCCAAGUGGACGCUUACCCACCGAGUACUGAUUUGGUGAGACGACAGAGAGUCGAUCUUAAUGAGUUACGUCGAAUGGAUGAAAAGGACCUUUUGAAACUUACGGUGCUGGUACUGGACCAGUUCGUUUCCAUUGUCGGAGAAUUCGUGGACUGGUGGAGUAGCCUAAAGGUUGAUGUGGAUCGUCUGACCGGCUCUAUACGGUUCAUUCGAAAGAACCCAGAUAUCAGCACACAGGUAUACAAGCAAUGGGAGAAUAUGGAGCAACAAUACAAGAUUUACCGAUCCGAGAUCAUGACACAGCAAGACUACUAUAAUCGUACUUUGAAGCACUUGAUGCCUAAAUCAUUCUUCCGCCGCGUUGCUCGUCGAUUGGGUUUGAGCGAAUAA